AUGCACUACGGAACUUCCUUUGUAACUGGAUUUAUGAAGAACUGGGUAGACAACAAUGGCAUUCCGACAAUUUUCGUAACAUGUCCAAGCGGCGAGGCAACUGUUUCUAUUUCAAUACCACAUCUUCAAAUUAAUGAGGAGGCAUCUACAGUGGGUGGGGUCCUUACAAAAUCAUACUCGACCACACUUUCGUCAGCAACAUCCGGUUCAAUAUCUACUAAGGCAGUGUUUAUUACUUCUGAUACUCCCGUCAUGCUCUUUUCCGGAAGCAUGAAAAGUGGAAGCUCUGAUAUCAGUUUUGUUUUACCAGAAACUUCACUCGGAAGUAGUUACAUAAUUUCCGGCCAUCCGUCAACAAACGCGGGUUUGGACGAAUUUCUUGUUAUUGCUACAUCAGACACAACUCAAGUGACAAUUACUUUAAAAACUGGAUCACAGGAAACUAUAACCCUAAACAGACUGGAAACUUACUAUCGUGAGGCUACAGAUAUGUCCGGUACAAUGAUUAGUGCAGAUGCACCAAUAUCUGUCUUAUCUGGGCAUGGGUGUGCAAACGUCCCAGAUAACAAUGUUAGCUACUGUGACUAUAUUGGAGAAACAAUGCCACCAGAAAGCUACCUUGGUUCUGUCCAUGUUUUAAGUUUUAUGAAACCACGUCCUGAUUUCACAGUCAGCAUUAUUGCUCCUAACGAUCAAACUUCAGUCAGAAUACACGACGACCUUGGCAAUAUCCUUGAAACCUUCUCCUUAAUGGCUAGGGAAGCAGCGUUUCGAACCUACACAGGCUCAGCAACUAUUUCUGUAACAAGCAGUUUACCUGUCCUCGUUACCCAGUAUGGCCAUGGGUCUUCUCUAGUAUUAGGGGAUCCCUCAGUGAUGGUUAUAUCUGAUGUUAAUUUCUUUGGAUACGUAUAUGACUUUUCUGUGCCUGCUGGUUUUAACGCUCCAAGUACUUUGGCGAUUGUUAUGUCUGAUGCUUAUUCAACUUCGGGUUUCCUGCUUAACGAUAUGUCGUUGAUUACAACGCAAACAAAAACAAUAAUUAUUCCGGGCUAUGGCACUUACAAUGUACUCUAUGCUGAUGUAGAAGCCGGGUACAACCAUCUCUCCCAUUCGCAAGGAAAUGCUGUCUCCUUUGGAGCAUGGAUAUAUGGCCGCACAAAUAACCAAGAAUAUGCCUCGUUACUUGGAAUAACUGUGUAA